UGCGCAGUAUGGGGGUAGGGAGAGCGGCUGUAACCUGUCGGACAAUGAUGCGGCUCUUCUGCUGGCGGUAUUGGGCUCGGCUACCGGCAGUGAGAGCCCGGUCUGUCUCCUCGGGGUCCAGCCGGUCUGCGCUCAGUGAUUCUCCCUGGCCCCAGGGCAUCAUAGAUCGGUUCGGAGGGGUCACAGUCAGCCUGCUCCCCACUCACACCCUGGACGAGUCCAGCUUCAAGGGCUGGCUGCACGAGUCUAUCAAGGAAUGGCAGAGAGAUGGCAGAAUUGCAGUGUGGCUACAUGUUCCCAUCAUGCUUAGCAAUCUGAUUACCUCUGCUUCUUCUGAAGGGUUCACAUUCCACCAUGCAGAACAUGACACAUCUACACUUACUCUUUGGCUCAAAGAUGGACCAAGCAACCUACCUGGAUAUGCCACACACCAGGUGGGGGUUGCAGGUGCUGUUUUUGAUGAGGACACAGGCAAAGUGUUGGUGGUGCAGGACAGAAAUAAGACUGUAAAUACAUGGAAGUUUCCUGGAGGAUUGUCUGAUCAUAGAGAGGACAUUGGUGCCACAGCAGUUCGAGAAGUUUUAGAAGAAACUGGCAUUAAGUCAGAGUUUAAAUCCCUUCUGAGUAUACGACAGCAACAUAAUCACCCAGGGGCUUUUGGAAAGUCGGAUAUGUAUAUUAUCUGUCGACUAAAACCACUGUCUUAUGAGAUAAGUUUUUGCCCCCAGGAAUGCUUAAAAUGUGAAUGGAUGGACCUUAAAGAGCUUGCUUACUGCAGCAAUACAACUCCCAUCACCAGCAGGAUAGCUAAACUGCUACUGUAUGGGCACAAGGAAGGUUUCCAUAAAAUUGACCUAACUAUGAGGACAUUUCCAGCUAUUUACUCAGGGUUGUUCUAUUCACUGUACCAUAAAGAACUACCAGAGGCCUAUGAAACCAAACGUAACCUCUAACGAACUUCACAUUUUAAUGAUCUAUUAUCAAAUCUAUUACAAUACAAUUUUACACACAAGGAAGUAUUUACAGAAAGUCAACCUUUGAUUAUUAAAUGACUGACCGAUACCUCAAAUAAUACCUCAGGCAUAUACAUUUAAAAUCAUGGAGCGUAUAUUUUCAUCUAAACCAUGGUGCUGGUGAAUGGCAAUAAGAGGAAAUAUAUUUAAUGUAAAUGCCCAUUAAGCUGCACGCUACUCCAAACGUAAUACUAUAAAUUGAAGAAACAUUUUUCAAUGUUUUGUAUUGAUCAGAGCACAUACACUUAUCUGACAUUGUUUUUUCUUGUUUUUGGGAACGUAAAUGUUAUACAUUUUGCAACUAUAAAGGUUAAAACAAAUGACAUUCUGACAUCACAUUUCUACAUUUUCUUCUAUGGGUUAUGCAGACAUUCUCUGUUUGUAUUGACAUUUUUGCUAUAUUUUUUUAAUGAUUUUAAAAUGUAAUCCCUCUCCUGUGUUUGGUGUAUUUGUUCAUAUUUGAAAGCAUCUCUGUCACUUUCAGGGAUCUUGUAUACUGCCCCACACCCCCUAAAUGUGACAGAGUUUACUGAAGUAUUUCAUGUAGAUUUUAUCUUUGACCAUCAUUUUAACCCCUUCAUGAUGGAUGACAUUAUGUAACCAUCAUCAUAUCUGUAUUUGCCUUACCCCUUUUCCUAACAGGGUUCAAUAAAUAACAACAUGUUCAGUUCUGAAUGAAUACAUCGGUUUACUCCACCCACUGUAAAAUAAAGUUCAAUAUAUA